AUGGUCAAAUCUCAUAGAAAUAGAAGGUCUUCUUCUCGAUCCUCCAUGGAGAGAAGAGGGUCCGUUUCCUCUGUUAGUUCCUCAGUAAGUGAUUUGCUAGUGGAGGAAAACAACUAUGAAAUGUACUCUGGUGCACCAUCUGAAGUGAUUCCAUCCUCCAUUUCAUCAUUACAUUAUCCACAUCGUUUUGGAAGAUUUGGUAGCCGGCAGAACUCCACCAUUUCAGGAGAGGCCUCUCCUUUAUUGAAUGCGGCACCUGAUCCAACAGAAGGUGGUGAAUUGUACUCCAUUAGAUCUAAUGCUACCGCCAACUCAGCUGAAUCUCCAUUAGCGGGAAGCGCUGGUGAAGGAGGGUUUAAGUUCUUCUCGGCAGAUGAAAUCGAAACUGCUCAAGGUGGUUCUACCAUUGAGAACCCGGAUGACCGUGUUGAUUAUAACACCAAUUGGGACUAUUCGAACUACAAAUUUGAUAACGACGAUGAGAACGAAGGAUUGUUGUCAGCCCCCCAUCGUUCGAGCCAGCUAAGCGAGAUUCUUUUGAAUCAACAGCAUCAGCAACAACAGCAUCAAGGAGAGGAGCGUAUGGCAGCAGGCAGUAGAGAUCGAAUUCUGCCCACACCUUCAAAUCAAGAUGAUAGUAGCUAUGGCUCCAUGAAUUCAACCAAUGCCAGAUUUGAAAGAAGAAACAAUAGAAGAUUCUCCAAUGAUUCUGAUAAAAGCAGCAACCCCGAUGCUGAUAGCAAUGGGUCAUUAAACUUCCAAAAGCUGAACGGUGGUGACGACUACUACUAUUAUAACGCAUUCAAUCCAAAAUUAGACUAUCAAAGAUACUAUUUGGCUGAAGAAGAUUUGGUCAUUGGUAUUGCUGGGUACAAGACCAAGAUCUUGAAGCAAACGAUAUUCUACUUAAUAUGUAUUUGUACUUUUGGGUUGGGGUACCUUGUGUUUAGAUGGUUUCCCAGAUAUAGAAUCAACUUUUUGGGUGAUAGAACGCCUUUAGGUUUGGCCGAUUGGGUGGUUAUUGAAAACGAAUUCGGUGAGUUAAUUAUAAUUGACAUUAACAAACAGAGAUUGAAUGAAAGAUUGUCCAGUUUCUUAGUAUUACCCGAUAAAAAUGUGGAGAAGGACGACGAUAUUCUUGAAGUGGGACAUGAAGGAGUUGAAAUAGAAGCUGAGUCGGAAGUUGUUGAUCCAACAAUUCCUUACCUUCAUUCCUUCACAUAUAGGUACAUUAAGUUUUUCUACAGUCCAGUUGAAGAUAUAUUCAGAACAAAUUCGAAUUGGUAUGACAAUAGCUGGCUUAGUUUGAAACAUACUGGAGAUGGUGUCUCUCAAGCGCUUCAUGAGCAAAGAAUGCAGAUUUUUGGGGAAAAUAACAUUGAUAUCGAAGAGAAGACUAUUUUUCAAUUGUUGGUGGAUGAAGUUUUACAUCCAUUUUAUAUGUUUCAGGUGUUUUCCAUCUUUUUGUGGUUGGCUGACGAUUACUACUACUAUGCAUCAUGUAUUUUCAUCAUAUCCCUCGUAUCGGUAGCAAAUACCUUAGCUGAGACAAAGUCUACUAUUCGUAGAUUGAAGCAAAUUUCAAAAUUUACUUGUGAGAUCAGAGUUUGGAGAAACCAUUUCUGGAAGCAAAUAGAUUCCAAUGAAUUGGUGCCAGGAGAUGUAUUUGAAGUUGAUCCUUCUUUGGCAGUAGUACCAUGUGAUGCAUUAUUGAUUAAUGGAGAAUGUGUAAUUAACGAAUCCAUGUUAACCGGAGAGAGUGUGCCAGUUUCUAAAGUUGAAGCCAACCAGGAUACUUUAGACUACUUGAAGGAGAAUUUUACUUCUCCUGUUUUAGCAAAGUCAUUUUUAUACAAUGGUACUAAACUUUUGAAAAUGAAGUCUCACAAUGAAGAACCUGUCACUGCAGUAUGUAUCAAGACUGGAUUUAAUACUACGAAAGGUUCACUUGUUAGAUCAAUGCUAUUCCCAAAGCCGGUUGGAUUCAAGUUCUACGAAGACUCUUUUAAAUAUAUCGGGUUCAUGGCAAUAAUUGCAGCUUUAGGGUUCAUUUAUUCUACUUAUAACUUUAUUCAAAUAGGAUUGGAUAAAAAGGUUAUGGUCCUUAGAGCGUUAGACAUUAUUACUAUCGUCGUGCCUCCUGCAUUACCAGCUACGUUAACUAUUGGUACUACAUUUGCUAUUAACAGAUUGAAAGCCAAACAGAUCUUUUGCAUUUCCCCAACCAGAGUAAAUGUUGGAGGUAAAAUUGAUGUAUUCUGUUUUGAUAAGACUGGAACAUUGACUGAAGACGGUUUGGAUAUUUUAGGUGUUCAUGUUGCUAACAAUGCCACUGGUAGAAAAGAGAUUAUUUUUGAAGAUUUAAUUCCAGAAGUAAAGCAAUUGACAAAGAGUGUUGAUACUGGGAAGCAUUCGACGAAUAAUAAUAAGUUCUUACUUUCAUGUAUGGCAUCAUGCCAUUCAUUAAGAUUAAUCGACGAUGAGUUACUUGGUGACCCACUUGAUGCAAAGAUGUUCGAAUUUACCAAGUGGAAUUUUGAAGAAAACUAUGUAAGUAGCUCAGGGGCAACUUUUCAAAGAGUUUAUCCAAAUGCUGGAAAUGACGGGUUUAUCACUUUAAAAGAAUAUGAGUUUCUUGCAGCUUUAAGAAGGAUGUCCGUAUUGGUGAAAGAAGCUAAUGCAUUUCACGACGAGGACUAUUACGUUUUUACAAAAGGAGCACCAGAAGUUAUGUCCGACAUAUGUGAUAAGGAAUCGUUACCUACAGAUUAUGACCAGAUUCUACACCACUAUACCCAUAACGGUUUUAGAGUCAUUGCUUGUGCUUACAAGAGCUUAAAGAGGAAAGAUAUAAGCAUGAAAGCUUUACCUGGAAGAGAUGACAUUGAAAGGGACUUAACCUUUGCAGGUUUUAUUAUUUUUGAAAAUAAAUUGAAGGGCUCAACUAAGGCAACUUUGGAUACCUUAAAUAAGGCAAAGAUUAGAACAGUUAUGUGUACAGGUGACAAUAUCUUGACUGCUAUUAGUGUCUCCAAGGAAUGUAAUUUGGUUGAUCAAGAUACUAAAAUUUAUAUCCCCACAUACGAGGAAGGAUCAAACAUCACCAACUUGGUUUGGCAAGAUGUACAUAAUUCUGAGAAUAAAUUGGACUCAAUUACAUUGACCCCCCUUCACAUUGAUCAUAGAAGUGAACCUGAGGAUUAUAAAUUGGCAAUCACUGGAGAUGUAUUCAAGUAUUUGCUUACCGAGGUUCAAUUAACUUCAGUGACUCAAAAGGUCCUCAUGUCUUGUGACAUUUUCGCUCGUAUGUCUCCUGAUGAAAAGCAUGAAUUGGUUGAACAAUUACAAAAGAUUGAUUAUACUGUUGGAUUUUGUGGUGAUGGAGCUAAUGAUUGUGGUGCUUUGAAGGCAGCUGAUGUCGGAAUUUCACUCUCUGAAGCGGAAGCAUCAGUGGCAGCACCUUUUACAUCUCGUUUAUUUGAAAUAUCCUGUGUCUUAGAUGUAAUUAAGGAAGGUAGAUCUAGUCUUGUUACCAGCUUCUCCUGUUUCAAGUACAUGUCUCUAUACUCAGCCAUUCAAUUUGUGACAGUUUCCAUCUUGUAUAAAACUGGUACAAAUUUGGGUGACUUUCAAUUUUUGUACAUUGAUAUGUUUUUGAUUUUACCAUUAGCAAUUUUUAUGUCAUGGUCAAAGCCGUAUGAAAAGAUUGUUAUCAAAAGACCUACAGCUAACUUAGUAUCGCCAAAGGUACUUAUUCCAUUGUGCUGUAAUAUUUUGGUGAUACUAAUUUUUCAAGUCGGCCUAUGGUUUGCAGUUCAAGAAGAGCCUUGGUACAUUAAACCAGUUCCAGGCUCAGAUGAUGCUGUCCAAUCAUCCGACAACACUGUCUUGUUCUUAUUUACCAAUUUCCAAUACAUCUUGAUUGCAAUUGUCUUGAGCUCAGGUCCUCCUUAUAGAGAGCCUAUGAAUAAGAAUAUUCCCUUCUUGGUUAAUGUUGUCGUUGCUUGCUUGUUGUCGGCCGCUUGCUUCUUAAUUGAGGGCGAUUCUUGGUGGGGAAACUUUAUGCAAUUGACCGAUAUGCCUACUUUUUGGUACUGGAUAAUUGUACUCGCUGCGGCUCUCAAUUUAGCUGUGAUGUUAUUAGGUGAAAAGUAUUGGUUCGGUAACUUGGCCAGGGUCUACAAGAGAGUUUUCAAAAGAAAUGCAAAGAGCAGGAAGUUGUUCAAGAACUUGAAUAGAGAAUUUGAAAGUAGAGAAGUUUAG